AUGAGCAGCCUGCAGGCGCUGUGCUCCGGCCUGCCGCUGCGGCCCCUCCCGCAGAACCGGGGACGCCGCGCCGGGGUGCCCCACGCCCCGGUCAGGACCCCCGGCCUCAGCCCCGCAGAGGAGCAGCUGGCGCUGAGGAACGCCCUUCGGUACUUCCCCCCGGACGUCCAGGAGCUGCUGGCCCCCGAGUUUGCCCAGGAGCUGCGACUGUACGGGCACAUCUACAUGUACCGCUUCUGCCCCGACAUUGAAAUGAAGGCCUACGCGGUGGAGCAGUACCCCUGCCGGGCGAGGGCGGCCGCGGCCAUCAUGCACAUGGUGAUGAACAGCCUGGACCCCGCCGUGGCCCAGUUUCCCCAGGAACUCGUGACCUACGGAGGAAACGGGCAGGUGUUCAGCAACUGGGCUCAGUUCUGGCUGACGAUGUCCUACUUGUCCCAGAUGACGGAGGAGCAGACCCUGGUCAUGUACAGUGGACACCCGCUGGGCCUCUUCCCCAGCAGCCCCAGUGCCCCGAGGCUGGUCAUUACCAACGGGAUGGUCAUUCCCAACUACUCCUCCAGGACGGAGUACGAGAAGCUCUUUGCCAUGGGGGUUACGAUGUACGGCCAGAUGACGGCGGGGAGUUACUGCUAUAUCGGUCCCCAAGGCAUCGUCCACGGCACAGUGCUCACCGUGCUGAACGCCGGAAGGCGGUACCUGGGCGUCCAGGACCUGGCCGGGAAGGUCUUUGUCACCUCCGGGCUGGGCGGGAUGAGUGGGGCUCAGGCCAAAGCCGCCGUCAUCGUGGGGUGCGUGGGAGUGAUUGCAGAGGUGGAUGGCACGGCCCUCAUGAAGCGCCACAAGCAGGGCUGGCUGAUGGAAGUGACUGACAGCUUGGACGGCUGCAUUGAAAGACUCAGGGAAGCAAGGAAGAGGAAGGAGGCGCUCAGCCUUGGUUACCAUGGCAACGUGGUGGAUCUUUGGGAGCGUCUGGUCCAUGAGCUGGACACGACGGGGGAGCUGUUGGUGGACCUGGGGUCAGACCAGACAUCCUGCCACAACCCGUUCAACGGUGGUUACUACCCCGUGCAGCUGGGCUUCACAGAGGCCCAGGACCUCAUGGCCUCCGACCCCGCUGCCUUCAAAGGCCUGGUCCAGGAGAGCCUGCGGAGGCACGUCUCGGCCAUCAACAGGCUGGCCCAGGAGAACUUCUUCUUCUGGGACUACGGCAACGCCUUCCUGCUGGAGGCCUGGAGGGCAGGGGCCGACGUGGGGAAGACGGGCGCCCACAGGACAGAGUUCCGCUACCCCUCGUAUGUCCAGCACAUUAUGGGGGACAUAUUCUCCCAGGGAUUCGGGCCUUUCCGCUGGGUGUGCACGUCGGGGGACCCCCAGGACCUGGCGGUCACGGAUCAGCUGGCCACGUCUGUGCUGGAGGAGGCCAUUGCUGGCGGAGUGAACCCGGCCGUGAAGCAGCAGUACAUGGACAACAUCCACUGGAUCCGGGAGGCUGCCCGGCACCGGCUGGUGGUGGGCUCCCAGGCCAGGAUCCUCUACUCAGACCAGAAAGGCCGUGUGGGCAUCGCCGUGGCCUUCAACCAAGCCAUCGCCUGUGGGAAGAUCAAGGCACCAGUGGUCCUGACCCGAGACCACCAUGACGUGAGCGGCACAGACAGCCCGUUCCGGGAAACCUCCAACGUUCACGACGGCUCUGCCUUCUGCGCCGACAUGGCCGUGCAGAACUUCGUGGGAGACGCGUUCCGGGGGGCCACCUGGGUCGCCCUGCACAACGGCGGGGGUGUCGGCUGGGGUGAGGUGAUCAACGGGGGAUUUGGCCUCGUGCUGGACGGGACCCAGGAGGCCGAGCAGAAGGCCAAGAUGAUGCUCAGCUGGGACGUCUCCAACGGAGUGGCCCGCCGCUGCUGGUCCGGGAACCGGAAGGCCUACGAGACCAUCCGCCGGACGAUGCAGGAGGACAGCGGCUUGGUGGUGACGCUGCCCCACGAGGUGGCCGAUGAGCGUCUGCUGCAGCAGGCCCUGCGGCCGUGAGCCGGGCGGGAGC